UGCCUCCAGGUUCAAGAAGACCUUUAUCAACUAAAGAGAGAGCUACACUCUGCACAUGAUGGAAAAGAAGACCUUGUUGACAUUCAGGCUCUUGAAACAGCUAUUGAAAGAACCAAGAUGGGGUUAAGAAUACAUGUUGAGAAUUAUCUAAGUACCAUAAAUCAUCGUGUGUUAACUACACCUAUUGAAGAUUCUGAAAUAUGUGGUAGACAGCCUUCUAAAGUGUGGCAUUCAGUUGGUGUUCCUCAGAAGCCAUUUCUAUUUCCACAAGAAAGUGUACAUAGAAAAUGGCAAGGCAAAAGAAAGGGAAGAGCCAGUCCAUUGAUUCAUCCAAGUACAAAGCUAAAGAUGGGGCUGCAUUUUAAAAUCAUGCAUGAUCCUGAACAUGCCUACCACAGAGCUGCUGUAAAUCAGACCUAUGGAAUCAGUUUGCCAUUUAUUAAUAAGAGAAAACCAGGACGUGUACAACUUCAGAAGAUAGUCAAAGGGACCACCAUUGAAAGCCUCAGUGUUUUGCCAUCUCAUCGAAUGAAUCCCUACCUCACACCUCUACCUAUCCUUGAAAAAGAUGCAAAGAAAGGUAUUUUGAGUAUGAUUCAACGAGGACUGAUCCCACCAGCAGCAAAGAUUACUUUUGAAAUGCCACCUAUUAUACCUAAAACUGCUUUCUUUCCUUCUUCUAAACCAUCUAAGGCAAAACCUAUAUUUUAUUCCCUUGAUACAGGAAAAUCUGAAAAUGCCCUGUCAGUGGUUGAUAUAGAUACAGUUAAACUCUCAAAAUCCAGAGGUGUUGCAGUGAAGGCUCCUGCAGCUACAAGAGACAGAGCUUCCCCUUCAUCCAGGAUCUCUUUCUCAUCAAUUUUGAAAACACAGUCGAUAACAAAACGGAAACCGAUCUCCCGAGUUAAAUUUAAAAUUGAGCCUCCCAAAUUGUUACCAGCUCUGCCACCUCAGAAAUUACCCAUGGAUUAUGAUUUUUUUAUUUACAAUGGCAUAAUAGAUCCAGAUGCUCCAGACUUCAUAGCCUUCAAGGAAUAUUUUUGUUUAUCUUGGGGAAAUAUCUUUUCUCUCUUGGAACACAUUGAGAAGUUUCUCAAGGACUAUGCAAUACCUGAAGUCAAGGUAAAAGGGAAAAAUUUGGUAGCACUUCUUCCUGACUUUGAACUUAACACUAGGCUGACUAAAUUCGACCUCCUGUCAGCAUUUGAGAAUCCAGCUCAUAUCCUCAAGUUAGUUAAGCAGCCAGGCCAGAGGUACAAAGGGCAAAGGGGAAUCGAGGAAGCUGUCAUCAAGAUCCAAGCAACAUGGCGAUGCUAUCAGGCCAGAAAAGCCUAUUCUACUUUCCGGCGGCAGAAGUGGGCUGCAGGUGUGAUUGCCAUUCACUGGCUUUUGCUUGGUCACAAGGCCCGAAUGAAAAAGAUCCUGAAGGAAAGGCAUGCAAGAUACCUGGAGAAUUUCCGCGUUCGAGCCAAGCAUCUGGCAGCCAACUGGAAUCGCAUCAGGACCUCCAGGAGGACUAUUAUCCAUAUCCCAUCAUUAGGAUUUGCCAAAUCUGUUCGAGAAAGUGCCAUUGAUUUUCAUAUGCAACAGAACUUGCAGCUGGGAAGACUGUGUGACAUACUAGAUGCCAAUGUGGAAGUCAUCUAUGUCUCCCCACUUCAACUGCCUGACGAAUUAGUGAAAUAUUAUAAUAAGUUCCUGGGUCUACAGUCAGCUGUCAUAACUGGAAACCCUGAGGACAUGAGUGACCUGAAGGACAGGUUCAGAAUUCUCUCCCCUGAAGCUAUAAACUUCUUCCCUGGACAUCGUAUGUGCCUGGCCACUCAUCUCAAGUACAGUCCCCAGACAAUCAAAAGAAUAAAAAACCUCAUCCAAGGAAAGGAAGCGUACAUUGUUGGCGGGCUCAUCCACAAAGAUGAUUUAGCUGUGGCCGACAUGUUAGAUGUGCCUAUUCUAGGCUCAGAGCCUGAAGUGGCCCAGCUCUAUAGUACCAAGUCUGGAAGUAAACGGAUCUUUGCCAGUGCCUGUGUGCCGAUCCCUCCUGGGGUUUAUGACGUCUAUAAUUACCAACAGAUGGUGGAAUGCUUAAGUCAACUCAUUGUUGAUAAUCUGAAUGUGCAACGCUGGAUAUUUAAAGUGGACAACGAAUUUGGAGGCAAUGGGACUGCAUUUUGUGACAUUCUUUCCCAUCUACAAUGCUAUAAUUGGGUCAUACAGGAAUAUCACAAAUGUGGUGUCAGAGAUUGGAAUAAGAAAUGGGCACAUGAGCCAGCUUUGGAGAGGAUCUCUGAGGAGCUGGCGGGCAUUUUAGCACAGCACGCACAGGCAGUCAAUGAGAAACGAUUCCCUACAUGGGAAAAAUUCCUCCAUACAUUUCUCAGUCAAGGUGGUGUGAUUGAGGCAUUUCCACCCACUGAAAAUGUCACCAACUUGAGUGUGGAUAUGUUGAUAGAGCCAACAGGAGAAAUAAAGAUACUUUCAACAGGGGACCAGCUCCAUGCAGAUGGCCCUUUGCUCUCCUCUGGCAGCACCAUGCCACAGUCGUCAAUUGAUCCAGAGGCUCUCAACUCGUUAUGUUUUCAAAUAGGAAAUGCCUGUAAAGAUAGAGGCAUUGUUGGUUAUUUCUCUAUUGACCUGGUGACCUUUAUCCAUCCAGAAACCCUGGAACAGCAGAUAUGGGCAACAGACCUUGAACUUCUUUAUAGUGACCAGCUUUCCUUGACACAGCUCGUCUUGUAUGUGACCAGAGGAAAUCUGGAUUUCAGUUCUAGUGUCUUAGAAGUGGCACCCUCUGUAAAGAAACUUAAUAAAUCCCUCAGCCAGAUCCAGGUAGAACCACUUGAUACAUCCAUUCGCUAUGCAGUGAUGUCCAACAACCUGAUGCACAGCAACCUCACCCUAGUCUUCUACAGUGUUUUCCUCCAGAUGUGUAAGGCCCAUGGCAUAGGAUACGAUGUGGAGGAAAAACAAGGAACAGUUGUUUUAUUAUAUGAAACUCAGAAGAGGUAUAGAUUGGGAAUUUUAACAAUCGCAGAGGAUCUCCAGGGGGUCCUCAUGACCUUCGCUCACAAUCUCUUCAUCAUCCAUCAAGAAAUAUCAUCACCUAAUAUGCAAGGCGAGACCAAUUUUAAGAGGUUUAUUGAUGAUGUUGAGACAGUCCUAGGAAUUAUGUCAGAAAACAAAACAAGAUCUGAAAAACAAGCUGCCAAAGACAAGAAUAAGUUCAUCUGA